CUGCGUGUAUGGAGGAAGCAGCUGCUGAUCUGAUCUCUGACAUUGUGUGAGACAGACAUCUGAAUAAACUGCGCACAGACGUGUCUUUAAACAUACCGCACCGAGGCACGCCGUGCAUGAUUACCUCUUUGAUUUAAUGGGUCCAAUCAUUGGGAUGUCACCAGAUAAGAAAACGGAAAUUCCGGGUAUGCAAGAGGAGCGGACAGGGCUCAGAGGUGUUUGUGGUGUGGGGACACUGCCCGAGGCGGAGUGUGCGUCCAGUCCACUGGCGACCAGCGUGGAUCGUACUGGAGGUACUGAGGAUGAGGAGCUCACCAACCUUAACUGGCUGCACGAGAACCUGCUUCAGAACUUCACUCUGGGAGGUCCAGAGGCUCAGCCCAGCGGCAGCCCCUUCUUUGACAUAGAGGGAGACUUCGGGUCCAGCCAGGGCCCGUCAUCCUCCUCCUCAUCUUCGUCACACAGCAGAGGCAGGGAGCGGGACUCGUUGAAGUCUAAGCCUCCUUUUUCGUUUUCUCUCCUCAUCUACAUGGCCAUUGAGCAGUCUCCCAGCAAAUCUUUGCCCGUGAAAGAAAUCUAUGGCUGGAUUCUCGAGCACUUCCCCUAUUUCUCCAAUGCUCCCACUGGCUGGAAGAACUCAGUUCGUCACAACUUGUCCCUGAACAAAUGCUUCCGCAAGGUCGAGAGGAGUUUGGGAAAGGCCAAUGGAAAAGGUUCUCUCUGGUGUGUUGACCCCGAGUACCGCCCCAACCUGAUCCAAGCCCUUAAGAAGCAGCACUUCCCUGCCGCACAUGCCUUCUGCACACCACCCGCCUCCCCACCCAGUGCCUCCUCACCCCCUCGUCAUCUCUUUCUACAAGGCUGCUCAUUCAAAGAGUCUGACAUUGAUGCUGCCACUGCCAUGAUGCUCUUAAACUCUGCCCCCGGGCACCACGUUGACCCAUGCAAUUCUGAUGGCCCACUGGACCUCUCCCGACCCGACUCUGUCCUGGUGAGCAGCGACCCAAAGCAGGACCACAACUACAGCAGUGUCGCCCUGCAGCGCUGCUCCUCCCGUUCCUCCUCUUCGUCCCUCUCCUCCCUGGACGAAGGAGGCUGCGACCGCAGGCAGUCCCACCGCGCCGGCAGCGAGGGCUUCCACAGCGACGAGGACUCCGACCUCUGGGACGAGAGGGGCGUUCACCAGACUUCUCGACGUCCCCCCGCCAUCAAGUGGCCCGCCGGUAAGAGGGCACGACGCGAGAUCAAGCCAGAGCUGGAUGAGGAGCUGAAAGAAGCCGCCGGCUCCUUGCUGCACCUCGCUGGUAUACGCAGCUGCACGGAGAGCUCCAAACGCACUGUCAAGAGCACAAAACUUAACAGGAAAUGAAGAUUAUAUUUGCCUGCCCCCCAUCAGACUCUGGUCCCUGUGAACCCUAACCUUUGACCCCUGAUCGUGUGUCCCAGUGUGCCUCCUUCUCCUUAUCUGAUCGUUCAUUGGCCAUUUUGAGCCCUUUUUUUGUUUGGGAAUAUCCCUGUCCAACAAAACAAAUGGCAAUAGUAUCGUUCACACAGGAGAACAAAGCCAUAUAGAGACUUUUGUAACUCGGGGGUGACUGCUGGGGGUGGGUGUUUGGGCUUAUGGAGAACCAUUGAGAAACCUAUCCAAAAUGACCUGCCUGCUUCUGUCGGAUUAGAAGAUUGUGAUUCAAGAUUUUUUUUUUUCUCUGAGAGACAAAAACGGGAAAAAGCUGAAGGUUUUAUAACUCAAAGCGUUGCAUGCUUCCUCCUCAAACCUGUAUCCUCUUCCAAGUGAAUCUAUUUAUGAAGCGAAUGAGUGCAUGUUUGUAACAGACAAAACCUAACCUCCUGGUGUUAUCAGUUUCUCCUUUUUGUGCUAAAGAAAAAAAAAGCCACUGUUUUGAAAGGAAUUCUCGCUCCACAAAUCCUCUUGUAAGAGAGAUGCAAUAAUUAAUCCACAACCUUAACUUUUUUUUUAUUCAUGGUGGCAUUUUUCAGAGUCGAGUAGUUCAACUUUACAAUUAAGAGAAUGAAUGAAGUAGUACUAUGAUCUUGUUAUGCGAUAAAACUAUUACACACGAGCUCUGGCUCUAUUUCAGGAUUAGCAAGAUGUGGAAAUAGUAUUACUCUGCCACUGCCAAAUUUAGUUGCAAAGUUAGCUAUACUACUUCGCUCAGUUCUGUGUGGCCAUUACAGUGCUAUACAAUUUUAUUUGUUUGCAAAUCCACCGCUCAUACUGUCAGUCGCUAUCAUUCAUCAGUGUCUUUUUGACAUUUAUUGUGCGAACAUAUAUUCACAUUUGUUGACGGCCUAUGCAAAGUGAACAUCUGCCAAAACAUGUUGCCAGAUGUUCACUGUGUGUUCAUAGGUUUAUCCUCCAUAGAUUUUAUUUUAUUCUUGUGUGUGUGUAUCUUAGUGCAUGUAAACUUCCGCCGAAACCUGAGAUGGCAGAAAAGAGUUUGAAACGGUCAAACACUGCUGACAAAGUAGUUGUACUGCUCCGAUGAAUGUGAUUUAACGACAGAUCUCCCUGCUAGGGCUGUAUUGGAGGGCUGCUCGGUACUCUGCUUGCAUCUGUUCCUUUUGAAUGCAGAGCUGGUUAAUAGUCAGAUACAGGAGUGGACAGUAAAUUACCACAGCUUCUCGCUCCAUUGUUUGGGUUUGCUGUUUGAUUAUACCUCCGUGUGUUCUCCUUGCUUUAUUAAUUUUUUUGUUUCGAAAAAUUACAAAAUUAUACAGCUAAUUUUCUGUUGGCUGAUCCUGUGGCAAAGUUCGUUCACAACUCGAGGGAGGGUUUUCUGUUCUGCUCCAAAUAAUAAAUGAAAGCUCAUAGUGCUUAUUCAAGUGUAAAGAACGAGAAGGGGACAGUGUAGUCACAGCCAGAGAGAACUGGACUUUGUAUGUGCAGUCGCUCGCAGGCGAGAUGUUGAAGACCUGUGCUGCUCUCAUGUUGUGCCCUCAGUUCUGGCUGCCCACUAGUGUUUCGUCCCCGCUCUUCCUCGUUGAACAAAAUAAGGAAGUGCGCGCUCUCUUCUCAAGCUGUGAAAUGGAGUGUUUGUCAGUUGAUUGCAUGCAGUUCACCGAGGGGAAGUUGUGAGCCAGUUGUGUAAAAGGCCACAUCUCUCAUUUUAGCUUUUAAAAAAGGCUGCAUGCUCGCAGCGUAUGAUACAAGGUAGCAUGGAAGCUCACAAGGGUAACAAACUGAAAAUGAUGCUCUUUCUUCCCACAGAUCACAUUGUUAGUAUAGCAUGCAUGAUCAGUGCCAAAAACAUUUUCUUGUGCCACUGAUGUAAAAAUGGCCAUGGUCACUAUAUUCCCCCCCGCUGCCACAAUGUAGUUGUGAUUUAAGAAUAACAAUGUGCGACUUUUCUGACUCAUCCGCACAGGAAAUGGGAGAGGACUCUGGUCAGUACAGUGACUUAACCAAUCUUUUGGUUUAUUUUUGUCGCUUCAGAGUGGGAACUGCUCUUAGCAGAGUGAGCAGAAGCUUCUCAGAAGUUAAUACUUGCAUACACUGGUCUUGUUUAGCUGUGAAAAAAAGAACAAAUUAUUGUUCGUUAAUCAUCACCUUAUUUAUGACAUUAAUUUAUGGGAUUAUUGAAUGCAUACUCUAUUGAAUACUGGUCAUUUGAAACAAAUGACUAGGCACAUUUAUUUUUUCUCCCUCUGUGAACUCCUUUUAAUAAGUAUUUUUGUUUUUCUCCUUGUUUAAUUUUAUUUUAAAGCAAUACACCUUUUUUUUCUUUCACUAUGUUAUAGUGAUUAAGUAUUUUGCCAAUGUCUUUUGUCUUUAGAGCGGGUGUUUUUUUUUUUCUCUCGAUUUAACCAUGACUGCCAGGUUUUCUUGAUGUUUUGUUUUGCUUUUUGUUAGGCUGGAUAGAAGACAGUUUAUUAACACUGAUCCUGAAACCUUUUGUUGCCAAAAUUGAUGUACAGCUGGGGGUUUAAAAUUCACAAUGGACACAUUCCCCACGUACUGUAGAAAUUCUUUGAGGAUGAUUGAAUCAUUUUUUAUUACAUUUGUCUCAUGUUUAUGUUUAGAUAUAAAGACUAAGUAGUCACAAAUUGAAGAUUAGCUCUCGAUCUCAUCACAGAUUAGAUUAAAAUAAGACUGCCAUUCAUAACUCAUGCUUCCAGGUAUUUUUGUGGGAUGUUGAAAUGUUUAGAGUAUCAGUGAAAACUGGAUCAGACUCGGUCCCUGGGCUGUUGCUGCGUAGCUUCAGACCUACAUUAAGUAUCGGGACAACUGCAGAGAAAUUAUAGAAAUGUCACUCAUUUUUUCUGUAGCACUUGCAAAAGAAACCUUAUGUAAAGUGACAGUCAGAUCUGUGGAUGAACUACCUAAACAUUUUGGGGUCCGACUUACCCGACUCAAAACCCAGUUGCUUUAUCGCUCAACAGCUGUUAUUAAAUAUUGAUUAUGUGAUUUUCAAAAUUCUGUUCCUAAGGGUAUAUGAUGAACAUUUUGUUGCAUUUGACAAAGCUGCCAACCCAGUAUCAGUUUGUGUCAGUUGUCUACAAUGUCUAUUGGACCGACACAUCUUUUUGGUUUUUGUAUGCUAACCUCUGUUGAUAAAAUGUUAAUAAGAUUUAUUUUCGCCAAAGAUAUGCAAUUGCAUUAUAUAUGGUAUUACAAAAUAUUAAUAAAAACCUGUUCUUGUUA